GCGAGCGGAACAAGGUGAUCAAUGGCAGACCUCACAGUUCCUGAGAUCACCAUUGAUCCUCCCCUGGCUCAUGGCAGAUUCACGAUUAGCACGCUAAUAAGCGCAGAUGACAGCGCAAAAUACCAGUACGCGCAGAGCGACUCUAGCACUUACGAGAUGAGCAGUCCGGACAGCCCGACCCACACCAACACCUUCAGCAUGAGGACCUUCGGCUACAACACUAUGGACGCGGUGCCCAAGUACGACUACUACACGAACACACAGGGUCCGGGUCGGAGCCGCACGCAUCGACCCUCCCUGGCGCAGCUGCACACCUUCAGCCAGGAUGAAGUUCUGCCACCCGUUUAUGAAAACACAGACAGUGCUGACGGAGAGGCAAAGAAAGAUGGAGAAGAUGAACAAAGUGAAGAAAAGCCUUCAGGUGAACCAGUCAGAUUUGGAUGGAUCAAAGGUGUUAUGAUUCGAUGUAUGCUCAAUAUCUGGGGAGUCAUUUUGUACUUACGAUUGCCGUGGAUUACUGCCCAAGCUGGCAUUGGUCUAACAUGGAUAAUAAUCAUCAUGUCUUCCUGUAUCACUGGAAUCACAGGCUUAUCAACAUCUGCAAUCGCCACCAAUGGCAAGGUCAAGGGAGGAGGUACAUAUUUCCUUAUCUCUCGAAGUUUGGGGCCAGAGCUUGGAGGAUCCAUUGGAUUAAUUUUUGCAUUUGCAAAUGCAGUGGCUGUGGCCAUGCACACAGUGGGCUUUGCAGAAACUGUCCGGGAUCUUUUGAAGGAAUAUGACUCAACUAUUGUAGAUCCAACAAACGACAUCCGAAUUGUUGGUGUCAUUACUGUAACCUGUCUACUUGGCAUUUCACUUGCUGGAAUGGAAUGGGAGGCAAAGGCCCAGAUUCUUUUCUUUAUUGUGAUCAUGGUGUCUUUCGCCAACUACAUAGUAGGGACUCUCAUACCAGCCUCCCCAGAGAAGCAAGCUAAAGGCUUUUUCAGCUAUAGAGCUGACAUAUUUGCUGAAAACUUUGUGCCAAAAUGGAGAGGACCAGAUGGUAGCUUCUUUGGCAUGUUCUCUAUCUUUUUCCCAUCUGCAACGGGUAUCUUAGCAGGGGCCAACAUCUCAGGCGAUUUGAAGGACCCUACAGUAGCAAUUCCAAAAGGAACUAUGAUGUCUAUAUUCUGGACAACAGUGUCCUACCUGGUGAUUUCUGCUACAAUUGGAUCUUGUGUUAUUCGUGAUGCAUCAGGAAACCUAAAUGAUACUUUAUUGGCACCCUCAACGGAUUGCGUAGGACUAGGAUGCGAUUAUGGGUGGAACUUUACUGACUGUGCUAAGCAAGAAAAUUGCCAGUAUGGACUUAUCAACUACUAUCAGUCUAUGAGCAUGGUAUCAGGUUUUGCACCUCUGAUCACUGCUGGCAUCUUUGGGGCAACCCUUUCAUCUGCCUUGGCUUGUCUUGUUUCAGCGCCUAAAGUCUUCCAGUGCCUUUGCAAGGACAACCUUUACCCUUUAAUUGGAUUCUUUGGGAAAGGUUAUGGAAGAAACGAUGAGCCAAUCAGGGGCUAUCUGCUCACCUACUUCAUUGCCGUAGGCUUUAUUCUCAUUGCUGAACUGAACACAAUUGCACCCAUCAUCUCCAAUUUCUUCUUGUGCUCAUAUGCUCUUAUCAACUUUAGCUGCUUCCAUGCAUCCAUCACAAAUUCCCCUGGAUGGCGGCCAUCAUUCAAAUAUUACAGCAAGUGGGCUUCUCUGUUUGGAGCCAUUGUCUCAGUUAUCAUCAUGUUCCUAUUAACCUGGUGGGCUGCCCUAAUUGCAAUUGGUAUUGUCAUCUUCCUUCUGUGCUAUGUACUGUACAAGAAACCAGAGGUGAACUGGGGUUCUUCAGUUCAAGCAGGCUCAUACAACAUGGCACUUUCCUAUUCUGUUGGAUUAAAUGAAGUGGAUGAACACAUCAAAAAUUAUAGGCCACAAUGUUUGGUACUCACUGGACCCCCUAACUUCCGGCCUGCUGUGGUGGACUUUGUUGGAACAUUUACAAAACACCUGAGCCUGAUGAUUUGUGGCAAUGUUAUCAUUAGUUCACAGAAUGAGAAACUGCAUGAACUGAAUAGUGGAGGUGGUCAUAUCAAGUGGCUGAACAAAAGAAAAAUAAAGGCUUUCUAUAACAGCGUGGUGGCUGAAGACCUGCGCACUGGAGUCCAGAUGCUUAUGCAGGCUUCAGGUCUUGGCAAAAUCAAGCCAAAUGUUCUGGUGAUGGGAUUUAAAAAGAACUGGCAAACAGCUCACCCAAAUACCAUUGAAAGCUACAUUGGCAUUAUCCAUGAUGCAUUUGACUUGAAUUAUGGCAUUUGCUUAAUGCGAAUGAAGGAAGGCUUGGAUAUAUCAAGAACGAUGCAAGCACACAUGAAUCCUGUGUUUGAAGCAAACAGUGAUAACCGUGUGAAUGGAAGCUCAUCUUCAGCUGCUGUGAAUGGGACUGUUACACUGGAUCCAGAUUCUCUGAUUGCUGAACAGCAGGCGAGCACAGUAUUUCAGUCUGAACAAGGCAAAAAAACAAUAGACAUUUAUUGGCUGUUUGAUGAUGGAGGCUUGACUCUCCUUAUUCCAUACUUGCUGACAAGAAGAAAACGCUGGGAGAAGUGCAAAGUUAGAGUAUUUGUGGGUGGCCAGAUCAAUAGAAUGGAUGAAGAAAGAAAAGCGUUAAUAGCACUUCUAAGUAAGUUUCGACUCGGCUUUCAUGAUGUCCAAGUGCUUCCAGACAUAAACCAGAAGCCACGACCUGAACAUGUGAAGAGAUUUGAGGAUCUGCUUGGUCCAUAUAGACUAAAUGAUGGCUUCAAAGAUGAAGCAACUAUCAGGGAAAUGAAAAAAGAAUUUCCCUGGAAGAUUUCUGAUGAAGAAGUCCAGAAAAACAAAGCCAAGUCACUUCGGCAAAUAAGACUAAAUGAGAUCUUGCUGGACUACUCUCGGGAUGCGGCCGUUAUUGCAAUAACCAUGCCCAUUGGUAGAAGAGGAAAAUGCCCAAGUACUUUAUAUAUGGCAUGGCUUGAGACUCUAUCCCAAGAUCUCAGACCACCAAUUCUCCUAAUUCGAGGAAACCAGGAGAAUGUUCUAACUUUCUACUGUCAAUAGAAACCAUUAAAGAAUUUCAACUUUAAGCUUCAAACAAAAACAGUACUUGAAGGAAGCCUCAUGGGAGCUGCAAAAUCUUGACAUGGGACUGUCAAAGAACUGAACCUGGAAUAAAGUUACUGAAGAGAAAUGUGUUUCCUCUUGAGAAUAAGAACAAACUUUCUUAACUGCAAAUACUAUAUAACCCAAAGAUUUACAGUAAGUGUAAUAACCUCGGAAGAUAAUCUCAAAGGGCAGUUAUAUUCAUUCCCAUUGCUAAGUAUUAAAUAAAUCAUUGUGGCAUAUUCCUGAUUAUCAGAAAAAUUACACUGCAUUAUAUACUGCACAUAUUGCAUUUUAAAGCACAUGAAACUCUGAGAACAGUUAAUUAUUUUGGUAGGUUGCUCCCUGGCAUGUUAUUAACUAUGGGUGAGGCGCCGGAUACCGUGCUGCAUGCCAUAUGCAGAGGCUAAGGGUGGGAUUAAAAUGCACUUAUAUAAAAGGGAUUAGGAAUUCCUUUUGGAUGAAUUAAAAAAAAUACAUCUUUGGAUCUAUGUCUGAAUUGAACAGAUACUGCUCUCCAAAAUUUUUGUCAAAUCCAAAUCCGAUUUACAGGCUCAGGUAGUCUUUGUUAUGAAAGUGUGACACUUCAAUGGAUAGAGUUUUUUGUACAGAAUGUACAGAUAUGCAAUGGUCUGGAUUCAACCUGAAUUAUUUUUUUAAAGGGGUGCCACAAGCAGUACAUUGAUAUUUAGAGAAAGAAGAAGGAUCUUCAUGUUUCAGUAAAAUGCUUUAAAUUCAAACACUGCUUCAAACUGGUAAUGGUUCAGUAUAAUAGGGAUAUAAAAGUGAUUGUGAAAGUCACAACUUCAACAGCUCCAGGAGCUACAUGCUUGCAAAUUAACACCUUGAUUAUUUAGAUUCCUUGGUCUUUCAAUUUAUAAAAAAAACCCCUAGGUGUAUUAAGUUCUGAAGUUCCAGGAAAUAAUGAUCCCCAUCCUUUUGACACCACAAACAUAUUUCUUUCUAACUUCUUUCUGAAAGUCACACAUAAUUUGUAUUGUUAAUUUAAUAAAUGAAACCAUCUAAAGGUAACUCGGUUCAGUUUGCUUGUCAUCUCUCCAUUAGCUUAAACCUCUGUAUAGUUUUAUGGAUGCAGUCAAGCUGAACUCAUAUGGAAUGCCACCUUUAUAAAUAUUGAUAUAAAAUGUAUCUCUGUAGCACAACUUGUAUUUUUUUAAAUCUUUUUUUAUCUUAACUUUACAAUCAAUACUCCUUAAUAGUUUUUAUUUUUUACUAAAUUUGUUAGCAUAAUGAUGUAACUUAAAAGCUGGAUUAGUGACUUAAAUAGACAAUAAACAUAUACAGUAUCUACAGGAAGAAACAUUUUAGUACAUUAAUUUUAUGAUUUUACAUUGUACCUUUGUAUAGAAAAACAACUUUCCAAAACAUAUUACCCUUUUUAUUAAGAUUGUGUUUACUCAAAAAAGCCUUGAUAUUUUUGAGUCUGCUUUUCAGACAUUUACCUGGAAAAUAACAGCCAAUUCAAAGUUUUAAUCUGAUUCAUUGUCUAAAAUGACAUCAUUCAAUUCAUACCACACCUCAACUAAUUAAAAUUCAAAAUGUAUAAUUUUUGGAUUUUCAAAUUAGUUAAAUGAAGAGGUUAAGAAGAAAUUAAUUUACAAGUUCAAAUGUCUGUUUAUCCCUAUAGUAACAUGGAGAAGGGCUCUCAAAUGUUUAAAGUCAGAUAAAUCAUACACCCACUCAGGGUCCUAGAAAUGGGGAUUUUUCAUAGUUCUUGGUGCCUAAACAUGAUUUUUAUACAAUACACAGACACAUACAUACAUACAUA